ACGGUCGUAUUUACGCAAACCACCAUAGUCUGAAAAUUCAGCCGAUAGACAACCAAAAUGCUAGCUGCAAAGCCACAUUUCACAUUUUGAAGCACUGAUAAGAAAGACAAAGAUUUAGGAUUCACGAUUUAUUAAAUAUUCAUCUUUAGGUGUAUUCACUUAUUGUAUGAAAUUUGUGAAAAAUCAGUAAAAAGGACGCUCGGAAAUUCUCGUUUGCUCAUGAGGCACUAAAACUUCUCAUUAAACUUCGAUAAUGCGCUGCAGAAUUGACUAAAUACUGCAACAUUCAGGGCCUUCACUAACAGGACUUAAAUUCUGACGAAGUUAAGCCUGCGCAGAGGCAUAGAUGCAUCUGAUUUAAUUACCAUGUCUUAUCGUGUUGCGUAACUGAGUUCCAGACCAGCGUAAUUAUACAAUGGAAGAUAAAACAUACGAUUAGCAAAUCAGAAUGCAGCUGAACAUAAACUGUGAUAGGAAUUAAUGCAUUCGGAUAAAAAGCCAGUACUGACGAUCUCUAUGUAUGUCUUUUACAAAUCAUAGUUAUACGUACUGAAAGCUAUGCCCGGAGCACAUACGUAGAGGCCAGUUUCAAUUUAUGAACUCGUUCUUCGUACAUAAAAAUGUAUUGUGCCACCAAUUGUAGCUUCCUGGUUUUGUUUCAACCGAUUUUGCAGUUCUGUUACGUAAUAAAACAAAGUAGGUUGCAUGAAAUAAAAUUUUCAUAAGUUAACAAUUGAUCCACCAAAGUACUCAUUUGGAGCUACUUGAGGCAUCAGAAAUUGUACCAAGAAUGACCAAUGAACCGUCACUUUGAGCUGUAAUGCUUGAGUCUGAAUUACAAAAAUGUGCGAUAUUUUAGCCUUAACCCGUGUAAUAAUGCUUCAUCUUGGUAUAGUGUUUCAAAUGGCAAGGUAAAUUAGAUAUAUAUUUUAAUAAAAGAACUUUUUUGCAACAAAAAGACAAAAAAUGGAUUAUCUACCCUUGAUAACUUUAGUCUAUUGUUCAUAACUGUUUGAAACUUUGAAGUAAAGAAUUGCAAGGUGGUCUAUGUUGUAUUAUGAUGUCACUCGCUGUCAUAUUAUGAUAUAACAUGCAAGAGCUAAACAAUGGCUCAAUUCAGAUAAGAUAUUUGAGGCGAUUCUGGUUGAAAAUCUGGCAUUAGUAUUUGGCAACCCAAAAUAAGGCGACAUAUUUCAAUGGACGCAAUGCCUGCUUUGUCUUGAUUUUGUCAAAUCAGUUAAUGCAUGGAACAGCUUCCGUCCUAAGAAUAAUGGGACACAAUGCAUUUGCGCCAAAUUUGAAGAAACUAGUGUAAACCUACGAAACAAACUGCUCUUCAGGGUUAAUCUGGAUAUAAAGAGAUAUUAGAACUUUUCAUUGUUUUCCUUAAACUCCAGUCUUAGAGGCUUUUGUAAUAAGCUCCAUAUUGUCCUGUCAUAAUUCGUAUGUUCAAACAUCUGUCCUUUUUGGUACAUGAUAAAUAAUGGAUUGAAAUAUGGCGAUGACAACAUAGAAUGAGAGGUAGUGGUUUCGCCAUCAAAAAAUAAUGUUUGACUCACGUUGCUGAUAUUUACAGCUGAUACAGUGUCAGAUUUAAACACACCGUUCCAUAAUUACAAAAUUACUUCUGACAUUCUAAAGCAGCGUUAUCAACGCCUUCGAAAUAUGAUAAGAUGCUUAAUAGAGCUGAAGUAAUUGAUUUGCCAAACAAAAAUAAAGACAGACGACAUUCACGAAACUACGUCAGCCUUUGCGCGAACAAGCUAUAAGAUGAUGCAAAGGAUAAUCGCCGAAAUGAAAGCUGAUACCACAGAGUUAGUCACUAGCAAAACCAUAUCAAGCUUAGCCAAUGCAAAAAACGUUUCUCUUGCUACAUCUUAGAUACUCAACGCCAGGAGAGCAAUAAUUGAAUUCCAUAUAGACUAUGAACGCCGUAUUGAGAAUGUAUUUGUAAAGGAUCCAGCUCGCACAAAGAAAGUCUUCGCUGUUAGCAGAUAAUGCAAGAAAUUGUGCGGUGAGAUUCUAAACUUAUUAUAGAGGCUUCUUUAGGGAAGAAGUGAACAGGGGAGUCGUAUCAUGGAUAGCACAAGAAAAGUAAAGAAGAUUUAACAAUCAAAUUCUUUAGAGCACAUGGAAGUGAUUCUGUCUGUCGAAAUACGAAUCGGUGUCCCUGCGCUUCCUUGGCGAAGGACUGAUAAGGAAUACGAAAACUCAAAUCUUAUGAAACCACAUGGUUACUCGAGUUUGCAGUAGUCAUUUCUAACCAGACAUGAAUAUUUUAACAGGGCGGCAAUAGUAACUGAAAAACAACUAAAACCACCUUAUUCUUAAUGAACUACGACGAUACAGAAAGCGUUUAAAGCAUAACAGUCUUUGACGAGGGUGCAACUUCCUUGGAAUACACAACGUUUAAUGGAGACGAGAACAUAAUAUUGACACUGGUAACAAUCGGUACUGGUUAUGUAAUAAACUGGAUGAAAAUGGGGCUGCGUUUAACUGAUUUCUAAAAGAGAUCUGUAGACUUGAUAAAGGCAAAUGAAGGAUUUGGCGAUGUCUUGUUAAAAUGUGGCUUUACAUAUCCGUUCCUGUUUUAAUCUUCGUCGUGUUUACGAAUUCGAUAGUGCUUUGGUUGAUCUUAAACAUGCGUCGACUGCAGACGCUAAGGAAUGUACCUCUAAUCGGUCUUGCAACAGCUGAUGUUCUCGUUGGACUAUUUUGGAUCCCUCUAGCAACUGCCUCGGGAUAUCUACCCGAGAACAAAGAUUUGUGUCGAGCUGCGUUAUCGUGUGAGAUUCUAACCACGCACGCCUCUCUGUUUAAUCUCAUCGCCGUUUCAGCAGAAAGAUGGAUUGCGAUUUUUAAACCACUGCAUUAUCACCAAAUCGCCAGUCAGUCAGUGGUCGGUGGCUUGCUGGCAGUUUCUUGGAUAUUGUCAUUCGGGAUGCUGAUUGUCUUCUUGGCUACAGACAAAUCUGACAAUGACAUCAGAGAGUGUGACAUUGUCAAGUACAUUGACACUUGGUUCCUCGUCCUUAUUCUUGUCAUAUUCUACAUUGUUUGUGGUAUAAUGAUUUUCAUGCAGCUCAAAGUUUACUUGAUUGUACGCGCACAGAUUCGAAGAAUCCGACCCACGCCGUACCCAGGAGAUGUUAAGAAUGGCCUAAUGGCAGCUACGAGUUUUAUAAUUGAGGAAUCGUUCAAUAUAAAUGCAGCACUGGCAGACGACGAAUCCGAAAGCCAGCGCGAACAGCAGUCCGGACAUUCUUCAGUAGAGAGAGCGCUAUCGAAGGAACUGUCAGUUAUAAAUGAUAUCAGAAGGAAAACAAAACUAAACGAUGUCGAUUCGGAGGGCCGAAGGACAAACCAGUUAGGCAAGAAAGAAGCGUGUGAUUUGCUGUCUCCAAGCGAUUCAAGAAAACAUUCAAAUGGAGACAGCGAAAAGCUCAUCAAAGACAAAAAUAUAAGUUUGAAAGUACCGGGUAUUGCGGAGCGAGCGGUAGAACGGCAGGACAGAAUGAAUACUGGGGAGAAAAAUAAAAACAUGAAAUGUGUUACAUUGUCAGAGAGGGUAGAGGAAAGGUUAAGUGAGGGGGGAAAGUGUGAAAGAAACCAUGAAAUAGCAAAUAUGGGCGCAACGGCACUGCAAUUAUGUGUUGAGGAAAGUGAGGACAAUACAAAAUGUAGCAAUGACUGGACGGCAAAAUUGAAAAAUUUGACUGAAAGGAGAACAACGCGACAAAAAAGCAUUGAUAACAUCUUCUGCGUGGAAAGAGAAUCAGAGGAAAAUUCUCCAAAGCCGCGAUCAGUUGAUUCCACAAAACCGCUGCAUGAAAACAUGACAGCCUUCGGCUCCAGAGCAUUGCGCCUUCAGAAAAUCACAAGGAACAAAAUCGACAGAAAAAAAGUUUACUACAGUCCUGAUUCACUCACGACGAAGAAGAAGAAGCGCGGGCCUAAAACAUCGUUUGCUUCUUUUGUCAGACUAUUUUCAGUUAUCAAGCGCCAGAGGAAGUCCGAAUUUACGCGAGCGAUCGCCACAAACGUUGUAUGUUUGUGUUUUGUGCUAAUGUGGGCCCCAAAAUCGACAAUCGACUUGUUGACAGGGCUAGGACACUGUACUGACUGUGCAUUUGCACACUCGAUAUCAGCAGUUCUCGCAUGGACCAAUUCCGGAAUCAAUGCACUCAUUUACGCGUGGAGAAUGCACGAAUUCCGCGAGGCGCUACGAGCAAUUUGGUUCAACCAGAUGAACAGGGCAUCAAGAUGAGUAAAGAAUCUAUCCCACAAAUUCCUGACUAAACUCCCCAACCACAGACCCUUGGGUAACAAAACUUCCUUCCUUUUAUAACAUGUAUAAAGAGGGAGUUGGGUUGCAGUUUAGACUCAAUACAAAAGGAACAUUGAAGAAGAAAACGGAAGAUGUGAAGAUUCGACGACACACAUAUCGCUACUCCACAAGUAAUAUUUUGUCGUUGAAAGCCAUCUGUUAAAGCAGAAGCCUCGGUGACUCAAAUCUUACGAAUUUCUUCAGAGACAAUGAAAUUUUUGCUGGACAAAAUAUCAAAUCACACAAAUAUAUAAAGUUCUAAGAUAGAUUGUCAAGAUGAUGAAACUGCCUUAUUUAUAACUAUUUUUUUCUGCAGUGUAGGGGAAAUAAAUUGUAAAAGCAUAGCGCGAUAGCCUAACCCAAUGAUUAGUAUCUUGGUAAUCAAUUUGACACACAAUUCAGAUUUGAAGCCGUCAAUCCAAUUGGUGUAGAGAAGAACUUUAAGUUAAUAAUGACUUGGCACUGGAUCGGACGGUACUGCUAGCCAUUUCAUCUUAAUCGCAUUUCCCAUCAUCUCUAGAUCUCUCGGUAGAAUUGAUAGGCCUUCAAUUGAGAUUGUAGUGUUCCCCACUGGAAGGCAGCGUGUGUUUCUGUUAUCUUUAAACUUGUGAGGCUGAUGGUCGCUCAAA